AUGGCUAGCCCUCCUGUACUAGCUUUCGAUACUGAGGGCCGCCCAGUGAAGUUCGAUACCUGGCUAGAUGACCUACACCUCUUCCUACAGCUCACUGCCAAGGAGGACAUCUCACUGUACGAUCACGCCCUAGGCCAUGCUACUGCUCCUGCCGCUACUGCUGACAGCACGACCCCCUCACAGUGGCAGACUCGUGAUGCCCACGCUCGCUUUGCUAUUCGCAACUCCCUGCCGAUAGAUGAGCGCGAGCACUUUGGGCAGCACAAGACUGCACAGGCACUGUACACUGCUGUCGUUGCCCACUACUCCUCACCGGCCUCUGCCGCACUAGGCCGUCUCUCUCUUCCCUACCUGUUCCCCGACUUAGCCUCUUUCCACACAGUCGCUGACCUCAUUACCCACCUCCGCACUAGUGAGGCUCGCUUCCGUGCCGCCAUGCCUGAUGAUUUCCUUGCCAAGAACCCACCCCCGCUCUGGCUCACUCUCUAUUAUUUAGUCACCCGCCUCCCUAACACUCUGCGCUCAGUGCCUCUCGUGGCAACCCCCGUACCCCGUUCUUUGAGGGGUGUUCUCCUUCCCCCCUUCUUCCCUCUGUCGCCUCUUCUGCUGCUGCCGACCUCCUUGGUGCUGAGAAGGCCGGGACUGCGUCUGCUUCGAGCGGGCGCCGCAGCGGCAAGGGCAAAGGGGGCAAGGGUGGUGGCGGUGACAGCGGGGGAGGCGGUGGUGGGGGUGGUGGCGGCGGUGGGGAUGGUGGCGCGACUGGAGGGGCUGGUGGCAGCGGUGGGGGUGGUGGCGUCAGCGGCGGGGGAGGUGGCAGGGGCGGAGGCGGUGGUGGGGGUGGCGGUGGACGCGGCGGCGGCAGGGGUUGGGGUGGUCGACGAGGUGGCGGCGGCGGUGGUGGUCGUGGAGGCGCUGGCGGUGGCCAGGGCCAGCAGCACACUCCGUCGCCCCAGGAGGUCCGUGAGUGGUACUCUCAGCACGGGGGGGGGGGGGGGGGGUGGCUUUAGCUACACGUACAUCAUUCGCACUGGUGACCGCACUGGUCAGCCAUGUGGGGGACCGCACGCCACACAGCGCUGCUUCGCUCGUCUCAACGACGCUUGGCGUGUUCAGUUCCCUCAGGCCACUGAGCUGCCCCGCUGGGUUGAUCUCCCGAAGAAGGGGAUUGAUAUCUAUGCUCUAGACUUUGAUGCUAUUCUCACUGCUAUUUAUGUGAUGUCUACCAGUGGAGAGGGUGCUGAGUACCUGUGUGUGCCGCCCAACCCAGGCAUUAGGACUAGUGCAUCUGCCGCUCCAGGUACUCGCGUAACUACUACCCCAGGUGCUGGUGAGGCAGAUGCUCUAGGUGCUUGUGCGUCUGCCCCCCUUGAAACUGUGUCGACUGCAGCACUUCACACCUUCACGCUGGACUCAGGUGCUUCUCGCUGCUUCUUUCGUGACCGCACUGCCCUUGAGCCGCUUGCUCGGCCUGUUGCUGUCUCCCUCGCUGACCCCUUUGGGGGUCCGGUCUCCACCUCCCCUCGUUCUCUACGAACUUGGUGGCAGGAUGUGCACUCCAGGACGGGGGUGUUCACCAGUUCACCCCUGCCUACGAGCGCGUGA